AGCUUUAAAAGCCCCAAAUGCAGCCUUAGCUCCCCAGACACUCCCGCCCAAAAACAACUCGGAGCGGAUUCCCCCAAGCAAGGUGCAGUGGAAAUGGCGUCAUUGCACUUGGUCGCGUACGUGCUUCUGUCGCUCGUUGCUCUGUCACACGCCGCAAGUGAUACCGCUGACCUACCCGUACUACACCCCACCUGUGAUCAUCCUGAGUGCUAAUGGUGACGCGAGCACUCUUCCGUCUGACAAGUACGCGGUGUCCGCCUGGGUGGAGGGGUUGACUAUCAAGUCCUUUAAAGCCUGCACCAAGGAACUGAUCAGCCCUAACAGCGCCACUCAAGAGGUCACCCUAGAGUAUGUAGUGGUUGGAGAUAUCCAUCCCUGUCUGAAUGUGACCUGCGAGUAUUUCACUGAGUGAGAGGCGUUUGCCGCUGAUGACGCGCAGUGUGUCAGUCCCAGCAAGUGUCCGACGUACAUAGAUCAAGUCUGCGGGACCAAUGGCCAGACUUUUGACAAUCUUUGCCUCCUCAAAAAACACGUGUACAGAAUCACGGGCAACUUUACUUAUUUCCACCACGGAAGUUGUACAGGGUUCCCAAUACAGAAAGGCCGUCGGUCUCUGCACCGCGCGCCCCACUUUCAUCUCGUCUGCGAGACGAUCAACUUCACGCCAUAUACCUUCUACCCCAAUAAGGACAUCAGCGUCAUAGCAACCGUCAAUUAUUACAACAGCUCGGACUCAGUCCCUGUCAUGGACGCCCGGCCGUGUGGGUGGAGGAUGUCAUGCAGAAUAACUUCACCGUGUGCACCAUGUUCGCGGGUCGGUACGAGAGGGCGGGGUCAAAUGAGGCGAGCGUUGAUUGGAUAGCUUACCAGGGCUCGCCCCAGUACGGGGUGACUGGGGUGGAGAGCUUUUCAAACUGGUGGACUGGCACUUGUUGCAACACGUUACUCUCCCUGCAGGAGCGCUGGCCCGUGCACCCACGGUGCUAGCCACUGUCCAUCACACGCAUCGCAGGCUCAAGCGUGACGCGGCCAUGGCUUGGGCCGAGGAUGUCAGUGCUUCCGGUUUUGAGUUGUGUCUCCGUGAGUUGCAGAAUUUUGACGGAGUGCACCAAGAUAUUUCUGCGAGCUGGAUGGCAUUUGACUAUUUGCACAGACCGCUGUUCAAGGAGCACGGGCUCAUACAUUUCAGCAACAGGCAACCACCACCAAAACGAGGCAACUUUGCAUUCUGCAAGCAUCGCCAGUUCAGCAGACCAUACAGUCACGUGCCCUCGGUCCUACUCACGCCGACCAUCGCUACGAAAGGGAAACCGAGCGACGGAGCGGUGGCCUGGGUAGAGCAGGUGAACGUAACCUGGGCCAAGAUCUGCGUGAAGCAAGUGUACGACAGCGGCUACUCACCACUCACCGUACACUACGCCGUACUUUCUGACAUAAACGAAUGCGGCAUCUCAGACAGUUGCCAUGUCAACGCCAAGUGUACAAACAUCGCUGGCUCAUACACCUGUGCAUGUAAACCUGGUUUUAGUGGCAACGGGCUUAACUGCACAGAUAUUGACGAAUGUACUUCAGGAACGCAUGGUUGUCAUGCCAACGCCCAGUGCCGUAAUACGAUUGGUUCUUACACAUGUCACUGCAAUAGCGGUCACGCCGGAAAUGGACGCAGUUGUUCAGAUGCGGACGAGUGUGGGACUGGGUCCCACGGUUGCCAUGCCGACGCUAGAUGCAUCAACCCACCUGGAUCUUACAUAUGCCGUUGCAACGCCGGGUUUCAUGGGGAUUGCAAAACGUGCUUUAAUAUCGAAAAUCUUCUAAAAACAUAAUCUUGUAGCGGUUGCAGCUCAUCAUUUCAACAGGGAAUCAAUUUGACAGCGUGGGGCAUUCUGGGAGAUCAGGUCCGAUACAAACUUACCGUGUCCCGAGAACGGGUCGGUACAGAAUCGAGGCUGGUGGCGCACGUGGUGGUACGCACAGUCCAAGUUAUGGUAGUCACCCCGGCACGUACUACGGUGGUAAAGGCGCCAUCAUGUCGGGCCUCUUCACCCUCUAAAGCGGCAUCGAGCUGAAGAUUGUGGACAGAGCACCACACUUACAGCAGCACAGCUAGGAAAAUCAGUGGAGGAUAAUGCAGGCACAGGGGGAGG